ACGCCAUGGCUGCAUCCACAUCCCCAGAACCCACCACCGUCCCACCUGUGGAGACGCAGCGCCGCGAAGAGCCAGGAUCAGACAGCAGAGCUGGUCGCCUCUCAUUCUGUACAAAGGUGUGCUAUGGGAUUGGUGGAGUCCCCAACCAGGUGGCUUCCGGUGCUUCAGCCUUCUACCUGCAGCCAUUCCUGCUUGAUGUGGCACAGAUCCCUGCUGCACAAGCAUCACUUGUCCUGUUCGCAGGGAAGGUGUCUGGGGCAGUGGCCGACCCUGUGGCUGGCUUCUUAAUCAACAGAAGCAGGAGGACAGGGUCUGGACGACUCAUGCCCUGGGUAAUGGGCUGCAUGCCCUUCAUCGCCCUGGCCUACUUCUUCCUGUGGUUCCUGCCCCCCUUCAUCAGCCUGCGUGGCCUCUGGUAUACCUCCUUCUACUGCUUAUUCCAGGCCCUAUCUACGUUCUUCCAGGUACCCUACACAGCCCUCACUAUGAUCCUCACCCCCAGCCCCAGAGAGCGGGACUCUGCCACCACAUACCGGAUGACCAUGGAGAUGAUAGGGACGCUGGUUGGAGCCACUGUCCACGGAUUAAUCGUGUCUGGUGCCAACAAGUCCCAGCAAUGUGAGGACACUGUGGUCUCCCGGCCUGUGACUGUGUCCCCAGACACAACUCGUCUCUACACCAUUGCAGCUGCAGUGGUUGCAGUGACUUACCCCGUCUGUGGUACUUUGCUGGGCCUUGGUGUGAAGGAAAAGCCAGACCCCUCUACCGCAGCCUCAGGCCACGGCGUGAGCUUCCUGGCUGGGCUGGGCCUCACUGCUCGGCACCCACCCUACCUGAUUCUAGUGUUCUCCUUCUUGUUCAUCUCAGCUGCCGUUCAGGUGGAACAGAACUACCUGGUCCUGUUCUGCAUGCAUGCCUCCCGGCUACACGACCAUGUCCAGAGCCUGGUGAUAACCAUCCUGGUGGCAGCUAUGGUGAGCACCCCGAUGUGGGAGUGGGUCCUGCAGCGAUUUGGGAAGAAGACUUCAGCCUUAGGGAUCUGUGUGAUGGUGCCUUUUGCAAUCCUGCUGGCAACGGUGCCCACAGCACCUGUGGCAUAUGUUGUGGCCAUCUUCUCUGGCAUGAGCAUUUCUCUGUCCUUGCUGCUACCCUGGUCCAUGCUGCCGGAUGUGGUGGAUGAUUUCCAGCUGAAGCACCAGCAUGGCCCAGGCCUGGAGACCAUCUUCUACUCAUCCUAUGUCUUCUUCACCAAGCUUUCAGGCGCAUUCGCCCUGGGCAUCUCCACCCUCAGUCUGGAGUUUGCAGGGUACACAGUGGGUGCCUGCAAGCAGGCAGAGGAGGUGGUGGUCACCCUCAAGGUCCUCAUCGGUGCCGUGCCUACCUGCAUGAUCAUCACUGGCCUGUGCAUCCUCAUGGUUGGCCCCACUCCCAAGGUGCCACGCCCGGACACCUCCCUCCAGCUAAGCAUUCGAAGGAGGACCAGCUACAGCCUCACUUAAGUUCAAGAGGAUUUCUGUGCGCCAGAGCAGAAGCCUGCUUCUUCUGGGCUUCAAGUCUCUC